AUGUGUGUACAUCCCACGUGUCAGGUCUUCGCGCAUUCGCGAGGGCCUUAUUUUGUAUCCGGAUCGUGGAGGCGCAGUUAUGCGCCACGAUCUAAGAGAACAGACAUCCGGGAGGACCCCAUCAGUACUGAACCCCGCAUCAACGAGCGGAUUCGCGUUCCCGAGGUGCGCCUGGUCGGCCCUAAUGGCGAACAGGUCGGCAUCGUCAGGGUCGAGCAGGCAUUGCAACUUGCCCGCGAGCAGGACCUCGACCUCGUCGAGGUGGCUCCGCAGGCCCGGCCCCCUGUCGUCAAGCUCAUGGACUACGGCAAGUUCAAGUACGAGGCGGCCCAAAAGGCCCGGGAGUCACGACGCAACCAGGCGAACUCCAUCAUUAAGGAGAUGAAGCUUCGUCCGAAGAUUGAUGACCACGAUUAUGAGACCAAGAAGGGCCACGUUCUGCGCUUCCUCAAGGCCGGGGACAAGGUCAAGAUCACGAUUAUGUUCCGUGGUCGUGAGCAGUCUCGACCGGAGCUCGGGGUCAACCUGCUGCGUCGUCUUGCCGAUGAUCUGACUGAGUACGCGACCGUCGAGUCUCCUCCCAAACAGGAGGGCCGCAACAUGCUCAUGAUCCUGGCUCCGACUCGUAAGAAGAACCAGGCCAAGGCGGAUCAGAAGGCUGAGCGUGACCGUCGCGCCGCUGAGCGUGCCGAGGCUGCUGAGGCUGAUAAGGCCUACGAGGCUGCGCAGCGGGCUGCUGCAGGCACUGCGAAGAAAAAGAAGAAGAAGGAACCUGGCGAUCCGGUUUUCGCCGGUGAGCCAGCCCGGGACCUUCCCUCCGGUUCGCGGGACGACAUACAUGAACGAAUGGAGCUAUCCAUGCCCAAGAUGAAGAGCCACUCCGGGACGAAGAAGCGUUUCAAGGUGACCGGCUCGGGCAAGGUCACCGCUCGCAAGGCCGGCAAACGCCACCUCAACGAGCACAAGUCCUCGCGCGUUACUCGCCGUCUGACCGGGGAGACCGUGCUGUCCAAGGGCGAGGCUGCCAAGGUUAAGAAGCUGCUCGCUGGUCAUCCUGGCCGUUGA